AUGCACGUUUUUGGCAGUGUCUUCUUGCUUGGCACCCUCGCGGCCCAAAAAGUCCUCGGUCUGCCCGGCAUUACUAGCGCCCAGCAUCUCCAGAGACGGGAUGUCGACAGCUACAUUGCUUCGGAAGGGCCCAUUGCGCUGCAGAAGCUGCUAUGCAACAUUGGCUCUGAUGGCUGCGAAGCGCAGUCCGCAGCCGCCGGUGUCGUGGCCGCGUCGCCCAGCACCUACAACCCAGACUACUGGUACACUUGGACGAGAGACAGCGCCUUGGUGUUCAAGUGCCUCGUCGACCGCUUCACCAACUCGUACGACGCCAACCUGCAGAAGCUCAUCCAGGAGUACGUCGGCGCGCAGGCCAAGCUCCAGGGCGUCUCGAACCCGUCCGGGUCGCUGUCCGACGGGACCGGCCUGGGCGAGCCCAAGUUCAACGUAGAUCUGACCGCCUUCACCGGGAACUGGGGCCGUCCGCAGCGUGACGGGCCCGCGCUGCGAGCCAUCGCCAUGAUCUCCUACUCCAACUGGCUGGUCGACAACGGAUACGCGGACACAGCCAAGUCCGUCGUCUGGCCCGUCGUGCGCAACGACCUCGACUACGUCGCCCAGUACUGGAACGGCACCGGCUUCGACCUGUGGGAGGAGGUCAACGGCAGCUCCUUCUUCACCGUCGCGAGCCAGCAUCGAGCGCUCGUCGAGGGCGGCCGCCUGGCCGCCAAGCUGGGCGAGGAGGCCGCGGUGGCGGCGCAGGCCCGGGUCGCGCCGCAGAUCCUCUGCUUCCUGCAGUCGUUCUGGGUCUCCUCGGGCGGACAUGUCAAUUCAAACAUCAACCAAAACAACGGCCGCACGGGCAAGGACGUCAACUCGAUCCUGUUGUCGAUCCACAACUUUGACGCGGCUCUCGGGUGCGACGCCGCCACCUUUCAACCGUGCAGUGACAAGGCGCUCUCCAACCACAAGGCCGUCGUCGACUCGUUUCGGUUCUACGGUAUCAACAAUGGCAUUGCUAAAGGUAAGGGCAUUGCCAUCGGCAGAUACUCCGAGGAUGUGUACUACAACGGCAACCCGUGGUAUCUAGCGACGGCGGCCGCGGCAGAGCAGUUGUACGAUGCGCUGCACGUCUGGAAGCAGCAGGGCUCCCUGCAGGUGACGAGCACCUCGCAGGCAUUCUUCAGCGACUUUGUGCCAAACAUCGCUGCUGGCACGUACAGCAGCGACUCGGACACGUUCAAGAACGUCGUGCAGGCCGUCGCAGCCUACGCGGACGAGUUUGUGGCCGUCGUGGCCCAGUACACGCCAUCCGGUGGUGCCCUGGCCGAGCAGUUUGACAAGAACGACGGCUCCCCGCUGUCCGCUCACGACCUCACCUGGUCCUACGCGUCGCUGCUGACGGCCAUUGACCGACGCGGCGGCAUCGUCCCGCCAUCGUGGGCCAGCAGCGGCACCGACAACAAAGUCCCCGACUCCUGCUCGGCGGCGACGGCGGCGGGCAGCUACACCUCGGCGACGGCGACCUCGUUCCCCGCAAACCAGACGCCCAAGACGGGCGCGCCGACCUCGACGGCGCCGGCGCAGCCGACGUGCACGCCGGCGACGUCCGUGGCGGUGACGUUUUGGGAGACGGUGACGACGCAGUUUGGGCAGACGAUCAAGCUGGUCGGAAACGCGACGGAGCUGGGCGCGUGGAACACGAGCGCGGCGCUGCCGCUGGACGCGAGCCUGUACACGGCGCAGAACCCGGUCUGGAAGGUGACGGUGACGCUGCCGGCGGGCGCGGCGCUCGAGUACAAGUUCCUGAACGUGCAGACGGACGGGUCGGUGGUGUGGGAGGCGGACCCGAACCACAAGUACACGGUGCCGGCGACGUGCGCGACGACGGCAUCGAGGGCGGACUCUUGGCAGUAG